GCACGGCCAAGCCUACGGUUAGAGUACAGCCAAUAUGAGCUGGCUUCUGAAAACUUGAAUGACAAGGAAGUGAAGGUGCGGCCACCCGGUGAAUCUAAACGUCAGCAUGGCAAGCAGCGAUAAGGAGAUUUCCUACAGCAAUCUCAAAGAUCUUUUGGCGAAGGGUUCGGGGCUUCUUGUGGAUGUGCGCACUAAAGAUGAGGUAGACAAAGGGCAUAUUCCAGGCUCCAUUCACAUCCCAGUGGAAAAUGUAGAAAGUGACAUGUCCCUGGACGCAGCUGAAUUCCGGUCAAAGUUUGGCGUAGUUAAGCCAUCCCUGGACAGCUCUGAACUGGUUUUCCACUGUCAGAUGGGAAGACGUGGAGCUCUUGCCACAGAGAAAGCCAGAAACCUAGGCUUCAAGAAUGCCCGUAAUUAUGCAGGGGGCUACAAGGAAUGGUCAGAAAAAGGUGGCAAGUGACAAUCCAGUCAGAACUCCUGGAACA